ACAUGACGAUUUGGACGAAGACGUCGCUUAUUAUGAUGGCAAGUCCGUUCUGUGAAACGCAGUCUGUACAAGAGCAACUACGGUCAUGAAAUUGACCCCUAUGCUUGGCAAGGCAGAAAGACGCAAUAUCUGCAUAGCUGAUCUUUAUUCAUCAAGAUGACUUCGAAACCAGAGUGGGGUCUAAAAACAUCGGCCUUAAGCGUUGCUGAAGAAUACGCGGACAGAGUAAGGGGCAAAAACAUUAUCGUAACCGGGGUGGCGCCGCAAGGAGUGGGUGAAGGAACUGCACUUGCAUUUGCGUCACAACAGCCGGCGAACCUACUAUUGCUAUCUAGGACCAAAGAGAAAUUGGAAGCCAUAGCCGAUAUAAUUCAGACUACGUAUCCAGGAGUCAGUGUACGAACGAUCGUAGUAGAUCUGGCCUCCCAAACGUCCAUACGAAAAGCCGUUGAAGAGGUCAAAGACACUAUCUCCACGCUCGAUAUUCUUGUUAAUAAUGCCGGCGUCACCCGUCGACUUCGGCAUUGGACGGAAGAAGGAAUUGAGACGCAGUUUGGCGUGAACCACAUUGGAACGUUUCUGCUUACCAGCCUUCUUUUUCCGCUAUUAAAAGCCGCAGCGGAGAAGUCGCCCCCUGGAGCAACUCGGGUUAUUAACUUGUCUAGCCAUGGCCACAUGCUAUCCCCUAUCCGGUUUCACGAUUACAACAUGGAAAACAAGGAAAUUCCGCAGGAGGAGAAACCUGCUGCACGUAUGCCCCCGGCCUUCGCCAAGGCCUCUGACGAUGGAUAUUUGUCUACUAUAGCUUAUGCUCAGAGCAAGACUGCCAAUAUCUUGUUCACUCUAUAUCUACAGGAGCAUGCCAAAGCUUCUGGGAUUAUGUCAUAUGCACUUCACCCUGGAGGGGUCAUCAGUAGUCUCGGAAGAGAGCAUGACAAGGACGUCGCCGAGACAAUUGCAGCAACAUCCAAGUAUUGGAAGAAUAGCGACGAGGGGGCGUCGACAAGUCUCGUCGCUGCCUUGGACCCUGCGCUUGACGAAUGCCGUGGCCUAUAUUUGGCCGAUUGCCAGUUCUUUCAAUGCGCAGAGCACGCGAGAAGCCGCGACGCAGCACAGAAGCUGUGGGAAUUGAGCGAAAAGCUAAUGGGUGAUAAGUUUAUUGUUGAGUAGAGUACAGGGAGUAGACGCUUUGUGACUGUCGCUAAACUUCAAUAUGUACCUGGGGAUAGAUGGCUCUUUGUCAAACCUCGAAACGUUUUUUCCAUGCCGUUUGCAAAUGACCUUUGUGAUUGUGCG